AACAGCUCCCAAAAAAAACAGUGGACGUUUCUAAUAACAGAGUAAAAAUAUUAUACAUCGUCUUGUGUUUUCCUCCCGUUGAUUUUAUGCAGCUAUUCGCAUACGUUUUUACGUUCGUGAUGAGCACGGGAAAAUGUUUCCCAAUAUAGAAGAAAAAAACCAUUCGUUGUAACGCAAGAAAUGGACGUGAAUGUCGAACAAUUUUCAAAUGAAACGUCGGGUUUAGUUGUACAGUCCAAAAAUGUCAACGACGUCAACAGCAAUAGACAAGAUGAUGUCUGCACUGUCAACGGAAUCAAUGGUAUUGGUGGGACACAAGAAAACGAGGCCGAACUGCAGGAUGUAGUACGACAGCAAAAGGACGAACUGGAAUACUACAAACGGCAGUUGGCCAUAAAUGAACACAAAUAUUUGACUGAUGUUAACAAUUUGCAGUCGCAAAUACAGUCCUUGACUAAAACGUACGAAACAGCCAAACAUGAAAAAGAAGCAGCUUUCAUGAGGUAUGUUCUCAAAGAAAAAGAAAUACUAGACUUGAAUACAGAGAAGAAAAAAUUACUGGGCAACGUUAAAGAAAAAGAAAAGGAAAUUGUCCGACUAAAAGCCAACGCCAAAGAACACGCUAACUGUUUGAGUAUUUUAGAAACCAAAAACAAAGAACUGAAAGAAACAAAAGCCUGUUUAGAAACGUUAAAAGAAGACAAAUUAAAAAUUUCAAAAGAAUUGGAACAUUGGAAGACUAAAUACGAUCAGAAUACAAAAUGUUCACAAGAAACCGAAAGCAAAUUACUUCGUGAAGUACAAGAGUUACAAAAUAAACUAGAAAUGUUAAUUAAAGAAAAUGAAGCGUUUAAUUUAGAGAGUAAUUUAGAAAAAAUUGUUUUGCAAAGUCAACUGUACUUGACAUUAAAUGAAUCUUCGAGUAAACAAUUACAGCAGGUCAGAAUGUUAAAUAGCACUGUCGAAGAGUUAAAAACUAAAUUAAAUCAAUGUUCAUCGACAAUAAGUUUGUUAGAAAAUGCAAAUAUUGAUCUUAAAACCCUUAUGGAAAGCAACGAAAUCCGAACCAAAGAACUGCUUAUAUUUUCGGAGAAUUUAAGUUCAUUAAACGCAUCGCUGCAGUCAGAAAAUAAAAGUUUACAGUUGGAUUUGAAUAAGUUACAGAGUGAUAAUGUUGGGUUAAAGCAAAAAAAUGCAGAUCUCAAAAUUGCAUUUGAAUAUCAAAAAAACGCAAUGUCUAACGAGAAAGAAAUGUUUGACCAGGAUAAAAAACAAUUGGCUAGUCAUUUAGCUCAAAAAAUGAAAAUGGUUUCCGAUUUGAAAAAAGCUUUAGAGUCGACUCAAGAUGAUUUGCAUGUUUCCAAAUGCAAGUUUAAAACGACGGUCGCCGAAUUAACAAAAGAAUUACAAAAGAAAAACGUAUUUGAAACUUCGGCUGAGAUGAAAAUGAUAUUGGACAAAAUGGUUAAGCUGCAACAAGAAAACGCUAGGCUGUGUGAAAAGUUAGAUUUUGUCGAAGACCAUAAUAGGCAUUUGCUAUCUGAGUUAAAAAAGAAUAGGGUUUUUGUCCAAAGGCAUGGGUUAUCCGAUAAAAAUGGCCCUGUAAAAAUACCUAAUUCUGACGACCUGAAAAAUAAACGUUAUUAAUUUUACGUCUUAUUGAUUAAUAAAAAAUUUGUUUAUACUUACUUAAAUAAUUUUGUGACAUUCCAUUAAUAUGUAUCGUUUUUGUUGUUAUUAACUACUGAGUGUAAGAAUUUAUUCUAGUCCAUGUAUUAUGUAUUACUAUCAUUAUUAUUAGGAUUAUUGGGUCAU